AUGCCUGUGGACACGCUGACUCCGGGAGCCCGGGACACCCCUGCCCUACCUAUCCGCCUACGGACCAAGGUUCCUGGCUACCUGCUCCGGCGGCCAGCGGACGGUGGAGCCCGGAAACCUAGUGCUGUCGAGCGCCUGGAGGCCGACAAGGCCAAGUACGUCAAGAGCCUGCAUGUGGCCAACACUCGUCAGGAGCCUGUGCAGCCCCUGCUGUGCAAACAGCCCCUCUUCAGCCCUGGAACUCGCCGCACCGUGCUCACACCUAGCCGCCGAGCCCUGCCUGGUCCCGGCCGCCGGCCCCAGCUGGACUUGGACAUCCUUAGCAGCCUCAUCAACUUGUGUGAUAGUCCUGUGUCCCCUGCUGAGGCCAGCCGUACCCCUGGAUGGGCUGAGGGGGCCAGGCAGCCUCCCCCGGCCACGCCUCCACGCCCACCACCGAGUAUUGCUGCAGUCCGGCGAGUGGAUGUCCUGCCCCUGCCGGUGUCACCUGUCCAGCCCUGCUCAUCGCCAGGCCCUGCCGCUGCCUCUAGCCCAGUCAGGCCCCCAGGUUUGCAACGCUCCAAGUCGGACCUGAGUGAGCGCUUCUCACGGGCAGCAGCUGACCUGGAGCGAUUCUUUAACUUCUGUGGCCUGGACCCGGAGGAGGCACAGGGAUUGGGUGUGGCCCACCUAGCGCGGGCCAGCUCAGACAUCGUGUCACUGGCGGGCCCCAGUGCUGGGCCAGCCAGCUCCGAGGGGGACUGCUCCCGCCGCAGCUCUGUCACCAUCGAGGAUGGGGCUCGGGAGCGUGUCCCCUAUGGCGUGUCAGUGAUAGAGCGCAACGCCCGCGUAAUCAAAUGGCUGUAUGGGUUGCGGCAGGCGCGGGAGUCUCCAGCAGCUGAAGGCUAG